UCAGUCUGCUCGCGGUGCAUUCGUUGACUCUUGCUGCGCAUAGUGUGUCUCGGCGUGUGUUAAAAUGUGCUGUCUGAUUAAUUGAAUAUUCCAUAGAACGCGGAUUACUCGAAGAACGCCGAAAAUCCUGCUUUAAGACUGGUGCGCGGAUUCAAUAAACACGCGAUGGAGAGAAGAAAGUGAUGCUAAAAAUCGAAACGGAAGCCGCCGCCGCCGUACCAGCCCGAGUUCACGAGAUGGAGACUUUCCUCGGGGCACGCAUCAGUAUAGAAGGCGCGUAGACUCAGGAUCGAAAGGGGAACAUCGAGCACGGGAUCCAAGAUGGGCAAGUGUUGUAGCAAGCGGCAAGAGCCUCAACCCCUUGGUUACAAGAAAGCAGACACAGGGCUAAGCUCGAAACACAGUAAUGGAGGUUCCUUGGACCGGUACACUGCAGACCCGAAUCAGAGGGGUGUACAAGCGAGGGCAGACAUCAUUCGACCGAGGCCGACACCUUGUAAGCUCCAAAUUCCUCACCAGCCUCGUAAAACAAGCUCGCCUGUCGUUAAGCCUGCAUCGCAUUCACAGAGGUCGAACAAGAUCGUGGUUGCCCUGUACCAUUACACCGCGCGCGAGAGCACCGAUGUCAGUUUCGUGAAGGGCGACCGUAUGGAAGUAUUGGACGACUCCGAGCCCGACUGGUGGAAAGUUCUACACUUGACAACUUUGCAAGAAGGUCUCAUCCCUUGGAACUUCGUGGCCGUCGAACGUUCAGUGGAGAGCGAGGAUUGGUUUUUCGAAAAUGUCUCGCGCAAGGAAGCCGGCAAGCUUCUUCUGGUGGACGAAAAUCCCCGAGGGACGUUCUUGGUGAGACCCAGCGAGCACAAUCCACGAGGGUACAGUUUAUCCGUGAAGGAUUGGGAGGAGGGCAGGGGCCAUCAUGUAAAACACUAUAAGAUUAAGCCUCUCGACAAUGGAGGCUUCUUUAUUGCCACCAACCAGACAUUCCCGACUCUGCCGGCCCUUGUCAUGGCUUAUAGCAAGAAUGCACUGGGUCUCUGUCACGUGCUCUCGAAGCCGUGUCCUAAACCGCAACCGGACAUGUGGGAUCUCGGACCAGAGUUAAGAGACAAAUGGGAGAUCAAUAGGAACGAGAUACAGCUAAUCCGGAAAUUAGGUCACGGCAAUUUCGGCGAGGUGUACUAUGGCAAAUGGAGGAAUAAAAUCGAAGUGGCUGUGAAGACUUUGCGACCAGGGACCAUGUCGACAGAAGCAUUCCUUCAGGAGGCAGCGAUCAUGAAGCAGUUCCGUCAUAGACACCUGGUCGCUUUGUACGCGAUCUGCUCGAAGGAAGAGCCGAUUUACAUCGUGCAAGAGUACAUGUGCAACGGCAGCUUGCUGGACUUCUUGAGGACAGGCGACGGCAAGUACAUGCAAUUCGAGGAUCUGAUUUAUAUUGCCGCACAGGUGGCGUCCGGUAUGGAGCACCUCGAGAGCAAGCAGCUGAUACACAGAGACCUCGCUGCGAGGAACGUUCUGAUAGGCGAGAAGAAUAAGGCGAAGAUAUGCGACUUUGGUCUCGCCAGGGCGAUCGAGGACGACGAGUACUGUCCCAAACAGGGAAGCAGGUUCCCUGUCAGGUGGACCGCCCCUGAGGCCAUUGUCUAUGGCAGAUUCAGCAUCAAGAGCGACGUUUGGUCUUACGGUGUCUUGCUGAUGGAGCUCUUCACUUAUGGCCAAGUUCCUUAUCCUGGUAUGCAGGGGCGCGAAGUAAUCGAGCAGAUCAAUAAAGGCUAUCGAAUGCCUAAACCAUUGAAUCAUCCGCUGCCGGACAGCAUUUACCGAUUAAUGUUACAAUGCUGGGAUGCUAGCCCCGAGAAGCGACCCACGUUCGAGUUCCUCAAUCACUAUUUCGAAUCAUUCAAUGUCACUAGCGAAAUACCGUAUCUGGAGCCACCAACUGACUGAUACACAGCUCACAUGCAGAGUCACCUGGUACCGCACGGUCAUUUUCAUCCAGCGCACAUUAAUUGUGCCAUGGAGAUUUAUGGUAUUUAUUGCUAGAUCUCCAGCAAACACCUGGAGACUUUGUUACCGUGUUCUUUUUUACA